AAUGUCCUUGCAUGGCAUCCGUCACAGCUCUGGAGGAGAUAGAGAUUGACAGAGGUUGACGUUAGCGGAUGAUUUAAAGCUGUUCAGCGUUGAGCACAUGAAACAACUCUCCUGAAAGGGAGAGUGCAGGAUCCCGUGUCUGGCAGAAAGCACUACCUGUUACCUAGGCUACGGGUGACCCCUGACGGUCUGCGUCAUGUCGGCUGACGCCACAUCUCGCGGCGCCCCUGCCCCCCGCUCCACCACCCCUCCUCUGGACGCGCCGGGCCCCCGCUCCCCCGUCUCCCCCAGCUCCCUGCGCCUGCCUCCCUGCCGCCACAGAGACCGCUCACCCUCCCCCAUGAGGGGCUACCUGCUGCCCAGCCCCCUGCCCACACGCCGCAACCGCACCUGCUCCGCUGCGGCUCGUGCAGCGGAGGGUCCCUCCUUCAGUGGUGUGUGUAAGUGUUUCUCGCGAUCCAAAGGCCACGGUUUCAUCACUCCAUCUGACGGAGGAGCAGACAUCUUCGUGCACAUCUCAGAUAUCGAGGGUGAGUAUGUCCCAAUGGAGGGAGACGAGGUCAGCUACAAGCUCUGCUCCAUUCCCCCCAAGCAUGAGAAGAUCCAGGCGGUGGAGGUGACCAUCACACACCUGGCCCCCGGCAGCAAGCAUGAGACCUGGUCUGGUGCCGUGGUGGACACAUGAGGUUGCUGCCACCUACAGGGCCAGCAGGGGAAGUGCACCUCCUAAGGAACUGCUGUGUGGAGCGGAAGCUGAUGAGGAUUGGAUUGGGGAACGCAAGAAUAGGGGUUGAGUUGGGAUGUUUCUAUUGCUGUUGUUGUUGGUUUCGUUCUAGAGUUUUCCCAUUUCCCCUUGUAUUGUACCCCAUUUUCUAAGAAAGGAAACACAAAAAAAUGUUUAAACUUGAGUGGCGGUGUGAUGUUAUGGAGAUACGUGCAACGUCUUGACAAAAACUAAAAAAAAAGAAAAAAAAGAAAACAAGUGUCCCAUACUGGCUGUUUUGAGUUUUGAAUUUUGUCCGUCAUGCUGAGCACCAACAUUAUCAUUAUUAUUAUUGCGGUUGUAAUGCUACUGAAACAAACCUGCUUUUCAGUUCUGAUGCUUAAGAGAUGGAUGUUUCAUAAACAUUAGUGAUGUGCUGUUUUAGUUUCAGAAGAAUACUGAUAGCCCAGAAUAUUUCGGAGGGUGUACGAGAUGUUUUCUAGAAUGACUUAAGCCACUGAAGCCUUAAACUCAGAUUAACAGAUUUAAAUAAAGGGUCUAGUGUUAAUACAACGGUGAAAUGUCUUGUUCAGAAAGAAGAAAAAAACAUUUGAAAAGUGAUGGAUAUGCCAUGAUGCUGCAAUGUAUAGUAGUUGCAUUUUUA